CCUCCCCCAGCGCGGCGGCAUGGCGGCGGCGGAGCUGAGACCCCGCGGGGCGGGAGGUGGCGGUGGCUCAUGGUGGCGCUGAGCCGCGUGGCGGCGACACCCAGCGCGGAGCCCGCAGCUCCGGCCCCGGCCGCAGCAUGGGCGCGAAACAGAGCGGCCCGGCCACCGCUGCCGCCGGCCGCAGCCGGGCGUACUCGGGCGGGGACGUGCCCUCCGGCAGCGGCGGCGCGGACGGGCGGCUGUCGGGCAGCCCGGCGGCGGGCGGCGGGGCCGCGAUGGCGGCGGCGGGGGGCGCGCCGAGGAGCCGCUCGGCCGGCGCGGCGGCGGGGGCCCGGGCCGCCUCGUCCGCCCCCCUCCAGCCCCCCGGCAGCAGCGGCGGCGCCUCCGGCUCGCAGGACUCGGUCAACAGCAGCCCCGAGGACGGCGGGCGCGAGCGGCCCGCGGGCAGCGGCGGCGGGGGGGCGGCGCGGCUGCUCAUCGGCUCCCUGCCAGCGCACCUCUCGCCGCACCUGUUCGGAGGAUUCAAGUGCCCUGUAUGUUCAAAGUUUGUAUCAUCAGAUGAAAUGGAUUUGCAUCUUGUGAUGUGUUUGACGAAGCCAAGGAUAACCUACAAUGAGGAUGUGUUGAGUAAAGAUGCUGGGGAGUGUGCAAUAUGCCUGGAAGAGCUGCAGCAAGGAGAUACUAUAGCACGACUGCCUUGUCUAUGCAUAUAUCAUAAAGGCUGCAUAGAUGAAUGGUUUGAAGUAAAUAGAUCUUGCCCUGAACAUCCUUCAGAUUAAGACCAGGUUCCUGUUCAUUGCUGCUUCCACUGAUCAGAAGAUGUAGGAGACUUGAGAUUCCAUUUUUUAACACAAAUUUGGGAACAUACUUGGCUUCAGACUUGUGCUGCUGUGAGCCUGGCAAAGAUGGAUAAUCACAUGGAAUAAUGGCUGCAGGAAGACCAGUUGCUUUCCAAUAGAGCUCAGUGUACCAAACAUUUAUACAGAGAACACACAGGGAUUUUGAAAAUGCUGCACAUUCUGUAACAAUCUUCUCCCUAUGGACAUUAAUGACAACAUUUUGUAUUUAAAGGCCAAAGUUACUAAUUUCAAUCUAACUUUUAUUAAGUUCUGUGCAGAAGCAGGUUGUGGUUGUCUCUUUUCUUCCCACACAUGGAAUUCGCAUUCUGAAUCAGUACUGUCUGAAACAUUUAUGUGAGGAUGACCAGAUUUUUGAGUGGAAGCUUUUCAUCUUUCCAUAGGCUAAAGAAGACUAAAUGGCAACUGAAGAAUAAUUUCGCUAUGCGAAUUAAUUCACUGAAGUUGCACCUGGGUGUAUGGUCUUCAUGUAUUUCAAGAAUGGAAAUUGUAAUCUUCCUCUGCAUAAGAAAAAACGUAUUUCAGAGUUUCAUAACUAAUCCUUUGUCUGUCAGAAUGCAGUCCAAAGAAUAAAGCCAAGGCAGGUGACUAAUUAAUAUUGAUCCAGCUAUAGGAUUGUUGAAAUCUGCACAUUGCACUGCAAUUUAAACUAAAAUUUCUCUUUUACUGCUUAUGGGUAAAAAAAAAAAAAAAAAAAAAAAAUGCAGCAGAGUAUAAUCUUGCAGCUAUGCAACAUUUUUUUAAUAGAAUAAGAAUUAUCCCAUUUUAAGUGCUGCCAGUUGAGGUAAUUUGUUUAACGGGUAUUUUUUAAAAAUGUUUUAGGUAAUUAUUUUAUUGUACUACUUUCAUCUCCAGACUGCCUCCCUAGGUUUAGGUAGAAAAUUGUAACAAUGGGCACAGUAAAGAAUUUUCUAAGCAUUGAGAUUACAUAGGGGUAGGAUUUGCGUUUCAUUUUUGAAACACUUUAUACACAAGUUUUUUUUAAUUGAAAUUUACUUGAUGGCAGAUCUGUAGUCUUUGCAUCUAACAUCAGUGGUCUUUUUAUGUACAGAUUAGCAUUUGACUGUUUUUUAACAAGCACCUAUAUUUGUUUAAUUUAUUGUUCUACCGUGUUAUACUGGCUUUACCAGGACUUAAAAAACAAUGGGAGAUACCUAUAGGGAAAUACGCCAGGCAGAGCUGUGGAUAAAUAUGAAUACCUACAAAAUACCACAAUUUAGAAAACAAAAGAAAACCUGGACAAGGUAUCAGGGCUUAAAAGCAUAUAUUUUUUUUAUAUUAUGAACUGAUCCAUAGUAGCUUUUCAUAAUACAGGGAAAAAUUAUGAAUAUUUAUUAAUGACUGCAGUUUUUAGUAAGUUUCAGUAGCAAAAUUAAGUUGCACAAACACUUCAAGUGUUAAGCAUGUCUUAUGUCUGCUUAAUUCAGCUUUUCUUUUGUCUGUCUUUUUUUUCCCCCCUCUGUUUGCUACUCUGUUUCAUAUUGGGCAAGUCUGGAGCAUCUGCUGCUACCCAGAAAUACUGUUGUGUUGCACAUUAUAAGUCUCUUCUGCUUGCAGAGGGAUUUUAGAUUAGAUAACAUCUUCCCAUAAACUUUAUGCUGUGAAAAUGCCUUUUGUUAUGCUGAAAAUUAAAGAAAUCAAAACCAGUUAAUUGUAACAACCAGCGGUACAGCUUCCCAGGUGCUUUUUAAAUUUUUCUUGCAUCGUCCAUUUUAAAUGAAUCGCUAAUUGUGGCACCCAGUGGUACUCCCUUUGAUAGCAGUGCAAGCAGAACCACUGUCACGUUUUUAAAUUGUAUAAUCUCAUCUACCAUACAGCAGUUUCCUACACAAUUUCUUUUGUAACAGAAUUGUUUAGUUGCCUUCUGAUAUUAAGGGAAAACAUUACAGCAGCUGUAGCAUUUUACUAGUAACAUCGUCUCCCACAGGGUCACAUUUUGUUCUGUUUUGAAUGACCUGCAUCUUUUGAGAGAGAGGCAGUUUUGGUAUUUACGUUGACUUAAUGUUCUUGAUUGACUUAAUGCUGGCAGAAACUACUGUAAUACACAAAGGAGGUUAGUGGUAUUUUGGUGUCCUGUGCUCCAAGGUAGUAGCUUGUGUCCUUUCGCUGGGGAUUAAGUUAGAUCGGUUUUUAAACAUAAAUCUGUUUACAGCUUAAGCCCAAUUUCUGUUCACAGUAUGUUGCUUUCUCUAAACCUUGAUCUUCUACAUUUAAAUGUGCAAGUAAAUGAUUGAAAGAACAAACAUUCCAGUGUUUUUCAUCACUUAAACUUAAGGCCGGUGUCAAUGCAAUGGUUGAGAGCCAUUCUAAUAGCAGACGCUUACCUAUGGUUUUGCAGUCAGGGUUCUGUCACUUGGCCAGCCUAGCAACCCCUUUUUCAUUUUGUUUUUGAUUCCUUGGAUGGUUGUGGUGGUUUCAGUCCUAAAUUCUGGAUACAUACAAAACUUCUCCUGAAGUUGGUAAAGUUUUGGCUAUGCAAUGGAAUACAGGAUUAGACCAUUAAUGUGGACCAUACUUAGGAUGGACUGGAAAGAUUAGACUGGAGUUUGGAUUUGAAACUUAAUGUGGAAGUUCAUGUAUGUAAACUUUCAUCCCAAAAUACUGUCUGCCAAUGCUUAUGAAACAAAAACAUACAGCUCCCUUGUUAGUUCUAAACAAUGCCAUUUUCAAAUAUUCUAAUUUCUUUUUUUUAAUAUUCCUUUUUCAAGGUCCUAGAUCACAGUGCUUCAAAAAAGAAAAAAGUGCUGUGUCUAGGAGAAGGUCACCUUUGUGUACUCAGAAGCAAUAAGUUAAAUUAGGGUGUGCCACACUCUUUGUCUACAAAUAUAGGAAUUGCCAAUUUCAGUUCUUUCAGGUGAUUUAAUUUCAUUUGGCCUAUAUCUUGCCCAAGUGUGUAAGAGAGUGAGCUUAUCUUCAUACUCAGGUUUGCCAUAAACAUGCUACUUCCCAGAAGAGGAAGAGUAAAUAUAACAUCCUAAAAGGUGAAGCUUGUCACUUACCAUAUAUCUUGAGUAGCAGCUUGCAUAAAGGUGAUGGGGUGUAAUUGCUAUGAUUUGGAUUUUAUGACCCUAUUCCAAGAGAAGCAUGCUGCUAACAGUUACAGGAAGCUGUAUGUAUAUUUAGUGCAUCUGUUUUCACAUUUUUUUAAAAUAGUAAACUAGUUUUCCUUGUGCGUAUGUGUUGGACAUUGAUUUGAGUGGGAAAUGAAAGGAAAGAGAUGAAGCACACUGCAAACUUGCAGUAUUUAAUUUUGGGAAAAGACUGAAGCAUAAAUGAAUUACAAGCAGGAGCAUCUGUCUUAAUUCUUGUGUUUCAGGGUGAGUAUACUGCCGUAUUUGUAUAUGAAGAAUUUGGAAAGGAACUCACAAAGUUGUGGGGGGAUUUCUUUGACUUCUUAUGCUUUUUAUGUUGUAAAAAGUUCCAUAGUUUCAAAGAAAAGCUCUUGAAGGUUAUUUUUAAAAAGUUCUGCUAAUGUUUUAAAUGACAAAUGUCAGUGCUGUUUUGUUUUUGUGGAAGAUGAGCAAUCCAGUAAGACUGAGUUCACCAGAAACUGGAACCUAAGCAAUUGUGCGGAGGGAGACUUUUAGUCGGUUGCUUUGAAACUUACAUUUCUUUCUAAUUUGUAUCUAACUCCUGAAAUAGAUUUGAAAGAGACUCGUUCUUGAUGGAAAUUUCAGUACCCCAAUCUUAUUAUUGGAGGGCUUUAGAAAUACUCUCCUUCCAGUUCUCCAAUCUUUCACCAAAAACAAGAGUUUCAAGACUUAAUGUUGUUGAUCUCCAAGAGAACUGCCACACACUGUUGCGGGGGCAGGUAAACCUGGGUCUAGUGGCAUAAUGAAGAGAGGCCAACUAGGGCACCAGAUCUUGGUGCUGGUUCUUGGGGGUUGGGGAGCAAAAAUAGCAACAGAUCUGCUACCAACCUACCUGCUGCCACUUGUAGCACAGCCAGUGACGUAGCCCUGUGCAACACUGCCACCCAUGGUGCUCACAUCUCCAGUUACACCCCUGCCUCAAGUCACCUUUAGUACUUCCCCAUGUUUCCAUGAGUUUCAGCUGCUUUAUCAUAGUCAACAGAGUGAUUCUAUUUAGAUUGAUUAUAGCUGUUUACAUUCAUCAGAUCUAUGGCAGAGUGGGAGUUAUCUGGCCACAUAUUAUACUUGGCUUCAGAAUACAGAAGUUCUAACAUGGCCAGGGCAAGUGGGAAGUUUCCUAGUGGGUUAUUGUGGCUCUUAACUUUACCAGUGCAAGAUUUUGCUAGUCAUGGUUUCAUGCCUCAAACUUUUUAUGUCAGUCUCUUCUGCCGACCCCCAAACACUGUACAGUUUUAGGAGCUUACACUGCCCUUUUUCUUUGGGAAAGAAGGACUGUUCUUGGCAUUGAUAUGUCAAUGAUAUGUUACCCCAUCAGCCUGCAAGAAAAGCACUUAGUGUAACCUUUGCUGCAACCGCUAAUCUAACUGCAUUUGACCACCAGGUACAACAGGUUGCACAAAUUAAAUUUUUGCCAUCCCAGAUGGCCCUGUCAUGAGUGGCCAAGUUUUCUUUGUAAAAUGUAGAACUUAAACUAUGUUUCACUAAAUAAAUUCCAUACAAUUUCAUGUUUACUUCUAAAAUCAGCUCAGUGAUUGGACCUUAAUGUGUGUCCCAUUCCCCCCGUAUUUCCCCCGUGUUGGAAGGAGGACUCAUUACACCUGAGCUAUGCAUUUGGUGGUUGUGGAGUUGCAGCACCAAAAUUGAAAUCAAGUAUUUAAAUUUCCUAUUGCAGAAAUUUGUCUAGCCACUGCACAGUGUUAUGGAGACUGUAGACUAUCUCACCUUAAUAUCCAUGUCAGAACCACUGAUUGGAUGAAUUGUAACAAUUUAAUGUGAGGUAUUGCUAGAUACUGAAGACUUGCUUAGCAAAACUGUUGCAUAUGCAGGAGGUUGGACUUAAUGAUCUAAUGUAUGCCUUUUCUCUCUGUUAGCUACAAUCUUCUCCCCUAAUGAGUUGCCAGUAAACAAUACCUAGUGGGCCUGCUGCCUGUUUGAAAGAAGCUUCUUUGAUUGUUGCUCUGCUUGUGGCAGCUUUCAGUCCACAAAUGUUUGACAUCCUUACUCCAUCAGGUUUGCUUUGGCAAAGGUAUUAUGAUGAUAAAUAGGAUCCAGUUGAUUCUGGCAGAAUUUCAAAUGCAAGUAAACCCCCCAUGUUGUAAGUAAAUAGCCUCUCUUGAUAAAUCCUAUUACCCUUGGUUUCUUCAAACCAGUCUCUCCUUCCCCCCCCCCCGCCCCCAAUUUAUCUUAUUGAAAAGUAUUCACUGUUAAAAUCAUAAAUGGCACAAGCUCUCAACAGGUUUGGAAUUUAAUGAGGACAUCACAUUAUGAUUGUGUAGGUUUUCCCAUACAUAAUGAACUGAAGUUGAAGUAUUGAUCUUUGAAUAGCAAAUAUCACUCUUCUAGCUGACUUUGCCAAAGUACUGCAAAAAAUUAGGAGAACAGGGAGAGGCAGCUCAGCUGUAGAGAGGACUAUUUUAAACUUAACUGAAAACCUGCACCAUUACAUUCAACAAGUGAUGAUGUAACAUUCAUGUUUCCACGUGACUGAGGAGAAUCUUGUGCUAACUCUCCUUACCAUUAGGAAGAUGUUAUAUGAUGGUAAAAGAUGAAGAGUAUCCACGUUUUUACACACCUCUUUCCACAAAAUCUACUGUCUCCAAACUGUUAGAUGGAACUCUCUCGUAGCUUACAAAAUGCUCUAAUUUAGUGGUAAUGAGCAAGAAGUCUUCCUUCAUUACCCUAAGCAUAAAUAAGAAUGUAAUUUGCAAUGUCUAAUGUAAAACAUGUUUGUAAAUUUUUGUAAUUGAGCAGUAUGAUUGGAAGAUGACUUAUGUUGUUAAGGUACAUUUUUUGAUGGUCUGCCAGUACAUAAUCAUGAAUGAAAUAUUUUUUUAUUGAUUUUGGGUUCUAUGUUUAACAUUCCAUUUAUGUAAAAUAUGUACAAAUAUAUGUAAUAAAUCUUUUGAAGCACA